AUGAGAUGCUUUCUUGUUAUUACAUGCUUAAUUUUGAAGUCUGUAGAGGCCUUCAUUCACCCAAUUACAAUACGAGGAAAGUCUUUCGUUGACAGCGUUACACAGGAGCCGUUUUUUAUCAAAGGAGUUGAUUACCAACCAGGGGGUUCUUCAGGAGUUACAGAUACUAAGGACCCUUUAUCGGAUCCAAAAGAAUGUGUUCGAGAUAUAAUAAUGCUUCAGGAUUUGGGGAUCAACACCAUUCGUAUUUAUUCGAUUAAUGCAGAUCUUAACCACGAUAUAUGUAUGUCAAUGUUGGCUGCAGCGGGCAUUUAUUUGGUACUUGACGUGAAUUCACCUUUGCCCAAUCAUCACUUGAAUAGAAAUGAGCCAUGGAAGACAUAUAAUGAGCAAUAUUUGAAAAAUAUCUAUAAAGUCGUGGAACAGUUUUCAUAUUACAAUAAUACUCUUGGUUUCUUCGCGGGGAACGAAAUCGUCAAUGAUAAAAUAUCAGCCAAAAAUUCACCCACAUACGUCAAAGCAGUAAUACGGAAUCUCAAAAAGUAUAUUGAUUAUAACUCACCUCGUCAAAUACCCGUAGGAUAUUCAGCAGCUGAUGAUUUAGAUUACCGAGUUUCAUUUUCAGAAUAUCUUGAAUGUGUUGAUGAUAGUGUAACAGAUUCAGUUGAUUUUUAUGGGGUCAAUUCAUAUCAAUGGUGUGGAGAACAGACAUUCUACACCAGUGGAUAUAAUAUUCUUGCCAAUGAUUAUAGUUCUUUUUCGCGGCCGGUAUUCCUCUCUGAAUAUGGGUGCAAUGAAGUACUUCCUAGAAGGUUUGAUGAAGUACAAACAUUAUAUUCAUCAAAGAUGAACAAAAUAUUUAGCGGUGGAUUAGUAUAUGAAUAUUCUCAAGAACCAAAUAAUUAUGGCUUGGUCAGCAUAUUGGAUAAUGGUGAUAUAAAAGUGCUACCUGACUUUAUAGCAUUAAAAUCGCAAUUUGAAUCUCUCCCACUUAUCGACAAUUACCAAUUCAUACAGAAUACGCUCGGAAACCUAAAAGGAAGUCAAAAAUCAUCAUUGCCGAAAUGUAAGAAAACUUAUUCAAACUUGAAUAUAGAUAAAACUGUUCCUAAAAUUGCAAAUGAUCCUAUGUAUUCUAACAUAGAUGUUGAACGAGGUAAGUAUGUUGAACUUAAUGAAGAUGAUUUGAUAUCCAGUUACAAUAUUUUAAAUUAUAAAGGAGAACCCUAUGCUGUAGACGAUUCUAUGGAAAUAAUUUUCGAUCAUAUGUCAGGAGCAGAAAUAGUCAGGAAUAAUAAGAAUGAUAAAGAGCGUAACUCUGGGUCUUCCCCAUCAAUACACAAUUUACUAAGUAAAUUAUUAGUGUAUCUCAUAGUAUUAGAAAUUACUCUUUGGCUUUAA